AUGCCCACUGACAUGUUCCCCCCUGGUAUGUUUCCUACUGGUGCUAUGCCCACUGACAUGUUCCCCACUGGUAUGUUUCCUACUGGUGCCAUGCCCACUGGUGCCAUGCCUACUAAUAUGACGAGCAACCUCGGCAUGGGUGGUAUGGGUGGCAUGGGUGAUCUGGACAUGAGCUGCAAGAUCUCGAUGUUGUGGAAUUGGUACACCAUUGAUGCCUGUUUCCUCUCGAAUACCUGGCACAUUCGCUCCAAGGGCGCCUUUGCUGGCUCUUGCAUCGGCAUCAUUCUGUUGGUCAUGGUUCUGGAGGCUCUACGCCGGGCUGGCCGAGAGUACGAAGCCUGCAUCCUACGCCGAGCUCGUCUCCGCCACCUUUACCUCUCUGCUUUGCCUUCUGAUGUCCCGGCUCCUCGAAACGUCAAGGGAAAUCCCGAUAGCAUCGUUAAGGGCACGCCAAUUCCUCAGAACAAGAUCAUUGGCCACUCUAUUCACUCUGACAAUGACUCCAUCACACCUUUCACAGGAAAUUCGUUGCCUUCGAAGAACUCGGACGAGAUUCACAAUAAUGGUGGGAUUCGGACUGGUGCUGAGUCCGAUAACAGCGAGGCCUUGAACAAUAUCUGCCUCUCAAACUUUGGACCUUACCGCCCCUCGCCCGUUGAGCAAUUCGUCCGAGCUCUGUUUCACAUGAUGCAGUUUGCUGUCGCAUACUUUAUUAUGCUGCUUGCCAUGUACUACAACGGGUACAUCAUCAUAUGUAUCUUCAUUGGUGCUUUCCUCGGGUCAUUUAUCUUUUCUUGGGACCCGAUUUCGCUCAAAAAGGAGUAG